GGGCAAAAGAAAUAUCUUUGAGCAACAUGAACACACCCAAAUGAGCGAGUACAAUAAUUUUAAAGAAUAAAUAGAAUAAUCAAAUGUCAGAAUAGUAAUAAUUAAAUACAUACAAACUACCAAUUUGCCUUUCAACCCAAAUGCAAGGUCAUAAUCAAAUGGUGUCAGAUUAGAACUGACUUUAAAUUGAAUAGCUUUGCGCACUGAAAAGUCUGAACAUGUAAGAAACCUUCGGCCAGCACUGGAUACCUCCAUUAGUCCAAGUGCGCAGACCUUACAUAUGUAAUUUACUUUUUAUAAUGAAGCCCACAAUGCCUUAUACUGUUUCUUUUAAAAUGCUGCCAGAGAAUGCUGCUCUGUUGUGUUCACACAAUAGAACAAGGAAAUAAUAGAGAGAAAUCAAACUGGUCUAGCAGGUGACCCACGCAGUCACAUUAUUGUGGUGACCUGCACAAAGGCAUGCUAAUUCCAGGAAGAUUUUUUAGGCGGAUCAUUUGACACAAAAAAAAAAAAAAAAAAAUUCAGACCCUGAGGAACAAGUUCGGCAUCAAGGUUGUUUCCAGAAGCAAGAUGUAAAGUGUCUGGAUGAGCCAUAUAAAUGCCUUUUGUUCUGAAGAAAUAGAUUGAAGUGAUUUUGACGGACAUACAUCAGAGAGAAACAUGGCCGGUCAAGGACAAAUAUUAAAGUACUGCGUAGGAAUUGUUAUGGCUGUCCUGCUGACCCAUGAAUGUGUUGUGGAAACACUUGAUUUUCCAGAAACAAGUAUAGAUUUAGAGUUAAGCUAUAUAGAUGGGCAACUGCAUCACAGAAUACCAAGAGGCGCAGGUUCGGAGCUGUUGGAGUUCAUUGUGGUUAUUGAGGUGAAUGCAUCUCAAGCUGUGGUGAUUGAACAGAUCAGAGCGUCGUUGGCCUCCAUCACGUUUCCUCUUCAACUGGACAACAGCACUGAAGUUACUGCUGCAAACAUUACAACAGUGUGCCAACCAAAUGUGACCGAAUACAAGUGCGUUUGUGAAGAUGGAUAUGCAUGGUCAUACAACAACUGCCAGACAUAUGAGGCCUGUGGUGACAUCCGUUUUUGCUCAUGUGGAUGUAUCAAUGGUGUUCCCAGUGAUGGAGAGAUGUGUGUGCUGGAGAGUGAACUGCCCUUCACAGACUUCUUGUUUGAAAUUGAGUUGGAAUCAACAAGCAUCUCUGUGAUCCAUGAGAUGAGGCGAUUUCUGCAGACCAUCACCUUUCCACUUCAAUUAGAUGAGGUGGUUGAAGUUUUAGAUGUGGACAUCACGACAGUGUGCAAUUUCAAUGACAGUGGAUACAAGUGUGUAUGUGAGGACCAGUAUUUCUGGCCAUGUGAUAAAUGCAAAGAAUAUGGGAGCUGUGACGGUAUCACUAACAACACAUGCAGCUGCAUCAAUGAUAUUCCAAGUGACAGACAGUUCUGUCAAACAGUCAGCGAGAUAACAAAAUGUGGGCAACAACCAUCAGUUCCUGUCGAAUAUCUAACUGAAAUUCAGAUAGAUGCAGAGAAUCCUGCAAUCAUUGAUCAGUUGAGGCAACGUCUGAUGUUUUUCAGUUUCCCCUACACAGUCAGUGACAACACUAACAUUACAGAAAUCAACAUAACUACUGUGUGUUCUCUGAAUGAGACUCAAUAUCAGUGUAAGUGUGAGGGUCUGUUUGUUUGGCCGAAUGAUACUUGUCACUCAUACGAGGCCUGUGAUGACAUCACUGAUGGUUCAUGUACAUGUAUCAAUGCCCUUCCAAUCGAUGGACAGUUCUGCCAGUUAAAAGAAGUACAACCUUCUGACUACGUGAUUGACCUUGAUGUGAGAUUCUUUGACUUGUUCCUGAUAAGCUACUUACGAAAUCUCUUCACAAACAUCAGCCUUCCUCUCACUUUGAGCAACAGCAUAAAUAUCACAGAUAUCGACAUGACUACUGUGUGUGGGUUAAAUGGAACAGAAUAUAAGUGCAACUGUGAGCAGAAUCAUGUUUGGCCCAGUGACACCUGCGGGGCCUAUCAGGUGUGUGAUGGCAUUGUGGGAGGCACUUGUGGAUGUAUUCAAGCUCUUCCUUCAGAGGGGCCACUUUGCCAGAGAGACAUCAAUGAAUGUGAAGAUGCAGUGUCAGUGUGUGGUCAAUACUCAGAUUGUAUUAACAUCAUUGGGAGUCACAUGUGUUCAUGCUGGAGUGGAUUUAAUACCUUCAAUAAAGACAGUCCUGUGAGCCGUAACAACUCAUGUCAGGAUAUAAAUGAAUGUCUGUUCAGUCCUUCUGUAUGUGGUCCAAAUUCCAUCUGCACAAAUCAGCUGGGAAGUUACAAUUGCUCAUGUCUGGAUGGAUUCACUGCAACAGUUUCAAGUUUCCCCAUCAGCAACGAUAACACAUGUACAGAUGUGAAUGAAUGUCUUGAGACACCAGAGGUCUGUGGUCCAAACUCUCGUUGCACAAACUCAAUUGGGAGUUACAACUGUUCCUGCUUGAGUGGAUUUACUGUAACAAAUAGCAGUGAAGCAGUCAGCACCAGUAACCCAUGCAAUGUGACUCUACCUUUGACUGAGUAUCUGAUUGAAAUCCAGAUCAAUAGCAUGGACAGUAGCAUCACUGAUCAGCUGAGGAACCUUCUGAUGUUUUUCAGUUUGCCCUACACAAUCAGUGACAGCACUAACAUUACUGAAAUCAACAUAACUACUGUGUGUUCUCUGAAUGAAACUCAAUAUCAGUGUAAGUGUGAGGGUCUGUUUGUUUGGCCGAAUGACACGUGUCACUCAUACGAGGCCUGUGAUGACAUCACUGAUGGUUCAUGUACAUGUAUCAAUGCCCUUCCAAUCGACGGACAGUUCUGCCAAGUUCUACCUUCUAAGUACGUGAUUGACAUUGAUGUGAGAUUCUUUGACUUGUUCCUGGUGGACUACUUACGGAAUAUCGUCAGAAAUAUCAGCCUGCCUUUGACUCUGAGAAUCAGCAUUAAUAUCACAGAUAUCGACAUGACUACUGUGUGUGGGUUAAAUGGAACAGAAUAUAAGUGCAACUGUGAGCAGAAUCAUGUUUGGCCCAAUGACACCUGCGGGGCCUAUCAGGUGUGUGAUGGCAUUGUGGGAGGCACUUGUGGAUGUAUUCAAGCUCUUCCUUCAGAGGGUACACUUUGCCAGAGAGUAACAUAA